AAUAUGCUGUCAAUGUCAUGUCAUCAAUAUCUUUUAAGCUUAUUUUUCCAAUUUUCAAUUCAUUGCAAUCUAUAAUUAUUUUGAUUCUAUUAUCAGUGAUUUUCAUUCGCAUUGUUAGAAAUAUAUACAACAAUACAAAUAUUAUAAUGAAACUUAUAGUAAAAAAAUUACAAGGAGGUGAAUGUUGUGUAGAGGUCAUGUCCACGACUUAUAUAUCUGAAAUUAAGCGUCAAAUUUCUAAUAAAUUACACAUUCCUGUGGAAGAACAAAAGUUGUUGUUUAUGGGAAGAUCUUUAGCUGACGAAAAGACAGUGCAGGCGUACCCUUUAAUAAAAGACGGAACGAGAUUAAAUUUGGUUGUUAAAAAGCCGGAUGGGCUCUAUGAAGCCUCAUUAAAAUAUUUUAAGAAGUUAGGUAUGUCUGAUGUAGAAGCUAUGAACACAGCAAAUCGUCUGAUGAAAGUAGUGCAGGAUAAAUUCAACAAGCUGUCAUGGGAUGAUAUAGAAAGGCUGUCUAUGGACUGUAUAUUAGAUGAGCGUGGCCAGAGUAGGCCCCAUGUUGAAAAUGAAACGGAAUGUGAUGACAUGUUCAAUUUGUGACCCCAGAGAAACUACUUCAAUUAUUUGUAAUUUAUAGAUUUAUGAAAUUAUUGUGAUCAUUGAAAUAGUAUAUUUAAGACAUUUCUGGUGUUACUUAUAUUUUAUCAGUAUGAUAUAUAUGAUAUCAAAAUAUAAUAAUAUAACAAGGAUUCAAAUCUGUGUUAUAUGCUCAUUAUUGAAUAUGAAACAUCCUAACUAAUAUGUAGUUACCAUAUAUUCAGUUUGUUUGUUACACUUUCAUGUCUAAACUACUGAAACAAUUAUGAUUAAUUUUAAUACAGAGAUAGAUUUAAUCAUGGAGACUACUACUGUUUUUUCUUAUGAAUAACUUAUAGCAGGUGUGAUGUUAUUAAUUUAUUAUGUAUUUUUUUUUUUGCUUUAUCUGAUUUGCUUCAUACUUUCCAAAAUUAUUGUUUAUAAUCAUGACAUAUUUAUUUUAUUUUUUUAUACAACGUAGAAUGGCAAACAAGCUGAUAGCCCACCCAAUGGAAAGUGGUAACCAUUGCCUAUAGACAUGAGCAGUACCAUGGACAUAACAAAGUAUACUGUUUCCCCCAUGAUACCCCUCAUGUGUUGCCAUUCCUAAAGACUCAGGUGUUAUUCCUCUGUACCCAGUAAAUUCACACUAUAUUCCACCCUUCAAACCAAAACACAGCCAUACAAACACAACUGCUUUACGGUUGAAACACGAAUGGGACAGAGCUACCCAAACAAUCGACUUUUGUACAAAAUCUCCCUCAGGUAUUAUUCAUAA